GAAACAAAUGCAUAGACGAGAAUUCGAGUCAGAGUUGCAUCUAAGACACCUAAACUCGUAUUUAAUUCCACCCGCAUCCGCAGCCGAAGUCUGAACGGUCACGUGGUCUUGAUCCAAUCAUACUUGGACAGUUUCAAUCUCGCUGACUCUUUUCCUUUUCCUGUCAUCUCUCAUUACAUCCGUCGCCUUCCACCACCAAGAAACUCCUGUCAGAUGAGAACGCCAUGUCUUGAUUGAUAUCGAUAUCACGAAAUAUACUUCCCUGAAUACCGUCAAUCGUCCCGAAUCUUGUCUGGCAUAGGCUUGUUGCCUUUAAUGCAGUCUUUUAGAACCCCCAAUUGGGAAAUACUCGCUGUGGGGGAAGCCGAACCAUCUUUGUCACACCAGGGCGUUUGACCCUCUGGCGGAUCCUCAAGCGAAGCAUUGAACCUUCUCCCGCAUGGCAACCACCACUCUUGAUACUGCAGCAGCUGUGUCCGAGAAAGCCUGUCAUGCCUGCCGACAACGUCGUGUGAAGUGUGACAAGAGAUUACCAGGCUGUUUGCGGUGUGAGAAGCUAGGCAGACCAUGUACCGGCUACGACACCGAACGCAAAUUCCUUGAUGAAGGCAUAAAGGUGCGAAGGAAAUAUGAUGGCGCCUUCCAAACCAUUCCAGACCUGUCAAGGGGGGCUACGUCUACACCUCCUCUUAAUCUUACGACAGCCACACCAGCACGCAAUGAACCACAGCAGACCUCUGCACGGCCAACUCCUAGCAAUCUAAAUCGAAAUCAACCCAACCCACCCAUUCCUCAGAUCAUUUCACCACCCAUCACGUCUUCCCCAAGUCUUCCGGGCAUCUCCUCGAUCAACGCAAGGUCAUCCGAUCCUAACGUACAGUAUCCUCUGUUUGGGGUCAGCAACCAACCAAGCCCAGGCUACAAUAUAUUUCAACACAAUCGCCGGCCGCAACCAAUUUUCGCGCCUCCUUCUCCCCAACCCUCAUCGAAUGUGCCGCCCUUAAUCCCGCCAUCCAACUUCCAAUAUCCUCUACACGAUCACGAACAGCUUCAGUAUGGUCAAGACCACAGUACAGCAAAGCUGAUCUCAGGGAAACCGCAGUACGCUCCAUCUGAAACCGACACUUACGUCAGUGAAGACUACUUUGACCUUGAUAUUGAUACCUAUUAUGCCAAGGGCAAUAAUGCUUGCGGUUUCAUUCCUGGCCUUCCUGUGAUCCUCACAGACACUACUGGGCCUGAAACUGACGAAGAUUUUCUGACAAAUGACUAUGCCUCGCUUAGUGGCAGGUCUUCUGUUUACGAUGGAUCCGAAGGCGGGCGAAAGCGGCCGGAGUACAGCCAGAAAUAUCUACAUGAACGAAUGACGGAGUUGGCUGGCCUCACUAGGCAUUUCGUCCAGGAAGUGUCUCCGUCGAUGGAUCUCUUUGACCUGGACACCUACUUUAGCAGGAUAGUGCCGUUGAAAGCGGUUCAAAAUGUCAUGUUACGGUCCGCAAUGGCAGCGGUGGCCGCCAAUCAAAUUGGCCAACUCCUGGCCAGGGGCGCUGCCAAAGAGGAUUUGCAGCACCUCCUGCCUAUUCUAGGAGAUGGCGGCGUGGAUCAACACACAGAUUGGUUCUACAAGGCCGCCAAUUACUACGACAGAGGCAUCUCGUACUUGAGAAUCUUCCUGCAACGUUGGUUGAGUGAUACCAGCAACGACUUGACCGGCCAUGCUUCGAGAUAUAACGCUGUGAGGAAUUUGUCCGAUGCGAGCAGUAAAGACUCGUCCACACUGGGUGUAACCAACAAGAGACGACGCAUCAGCAGACAAGCAACCACGGAUGGUGCUGAUAUGGAAGCUCUAGUCGCCGCCAUAUCAGUCUUCUCCCUAUACGAGUCAGUCGACAAUCCCACGGACGACUGGUCCCAGCAUCUCGAUGGUUUUAAGGCUCUUUUGGAGACUAAGAUCCUCCCUCAAGCCAUGUCUGCGCCGAGUCUCCGACCGGGGCCCUUCAUAUCCAUGAAAGCCGGUCGAGCGGCAUUCUGGAAUUUCGCUCGAGCUGACUAUCUUGCAGCUUAUAUCAACCACUCCAAGACCAAGCUUGACCCGGACAAUUUGACCAUGUUCAAAGCCGCUGGUCUACCACUGACUGAAGAUGGAACGCUUACCUACAAUGAUCCUUCCGCACCCAUAAGCACCAUCGUCUUCAACCAACCCGGAGACAGGGAAGACGUGGUGGCGUGUACGCUCAUCUGGAUAGUACUACGGGUCAUGAACUUUGUUGCUCCUCAGGACGAGUCUUCGAACAGCACGACCGGCACUCCGCAAAUGUUUGAGACUCCGGGCACAGUAGGGUUCAAGUCUGCCUCAGAGGCUGGCACGCCAACCCCGAUCCAAACACGAAUUGCUCGAUGGAAGAUGUUGCGACGGCAGCUCGAGGAAUGGUACGAUAAUCUGCCAUUUACCUUUCAACCAUAUGCAAUGAUGGGCGCAGGCUCGCAACAUCCAUUUGAGCCACCUUCGGAACAGCGACCGCGAUUCACCAGAAUCUUCUUCAGCGUCGCUAUGUGUGCUGCAGCUUUACAGCUUUAUCACUUCGCCCAGAUCUUGCUUUUAUUGAAUCAGCCGGUCGACGAAGGCGAUACGAGGAAUAUAGCCAAUCGGAUACGCAUGUUCCGAAAGGUCUCAGAGGAACUGGAAUAUCACAGUCGGCAAAUAUGUGGCAUCGCGCUGGGAAAGCCUCCGCCUGCCGUGGCCCGCCAGAUGGUUCAUUCACUUUACCUUGCUGGGUUGUGCUUCGAAGAGAGAGACGAUAGGGUCGUGGUCCUGGAACUUUUGGGUAACAUCGAGAAGGAGACGGGAGCUUCGACAGCACAAAGAGUAAGGGAGCUGAGAGAUCAAUGGGGUUGGGACGGUGAAAUUCGAGAAAUUGAUUAAAAAGGACAGACUCAAUGCGUCGUCAGAAUAUGUGUCGAGAUGUGUCGGAAGCUUGGCCAGUCUUGGAUAUUGUAUUUGUAUAUAAUGAGUUACGGCAUAAUCUAAUGGCUUUAAGGGACAUGCACAAUCUGCUC